AUGCAGCCUGACGCCCAGAACGCGACGACGGGACCCAAAGGACCUCUUGAAUGGGGUCAGAUCAAUUUCCUGCAGACGACCGAUACACAUGGCUGGCUCGAGGGCCAUAUCAAGGAGCAGAAUUAUGGCGCUGACUGGGGCGAUUUUGUGAGCUUCACGAAACAUAUGAAGAAGAAGGCGAAGAAGCUAGGUGUAGAUCUCCUGCUCAUAGAUACGGGCGACCUUCAUGACGGUGCUGGAUUGAGCGAUGCAACUACUCUCAACGGCGAGAUUAGCAACCCUAUCUUCGAGAACAUCGACUACGACCUCCUUACCAUUGGCAACCAUGAGCUUUAUGUUUCUGAGAUUGCGUAUGAGACUUUCAGCAACUUCUCAAAAAGGUAUGGCGAUAGGUAUCUUACGAGCAAUGCUCAGAUCAUCAAUCCUUCGACCGGAGACUAUGAAUAUAUCGGCAAGAAGUACCGUUACUUUACCACUGAGCAGGGUUUGCGCAUCAUGGCAUUCGGAGUUAUUUUCGAUUUCACGGGAAGCUCCAACGUCUCGAAGGUAAUCACGGCCAAGAACUUGAUCGAGGAGAAAUGGUUCCUUGAUGCUAUUAAUUACCCGAAGCCAAUCGACCUUUUCCUCGUUAUUGGGCAUAACCCAAUCAGAGUAAACGCCAGCACUUCCACCUUUGGCACUCUUUUUAGCACGAUCAGAAAUCUUCGUCCAGAUGUUCCAGUGCAGGGAUUUGGAGGACACACGCACAUUCGAGACUUCACAGUCUACGACAAUAAGGCCACCGGCAUGGAGUCAGGCCGGUAUUGUGAGACGUUAGGAUGGCUUUCCAUAACGGGGAUCAAGUCAUCUUCGUGCAAAGCCGAAGACAAUCCACACGGUGUUCCGCAUCCAACCAGACCCGCAGUUCCCCUUAACACCAGCUUACCCCAGUCCAAUACCCCCUCGACUUUGCGCUACGCGAGGCGUUACCUAGACUGGAAUCGCCUUACCUUCGCUUAUCAUGCAGAAGGUAGCCAAGAUCAUACUUUUAACAUCCCCAAAGGCGUUGGGGUUACCGGGGAAAUCACGUCUGCCCGGAAGUCACUGAAUCUAACGGCGCUUUACGGCUGUGCUCCUGAGUCUUACUGCCAAUUUUGCAAGCCAUUCCUUGCAGAUGGAAAUCUCUUUGGGCUUCUCCAGACUGCUUUAACUACGGUAGUCGUUAAUGAAAAUCGUUCGGAUAUCCCUCGCAUCAUCAUCAUCAACACUGGAAGCGUACGGUUUGAUCUUGCCAAAGGCCCCUUCACGUAUGACGAUUCGUUCAUCGUUAGCCCGUUCAAAGACGGUUUCCAAUUCAUCCCGGACGUCCCUUAUGAGCAAGCAUCGGUAAGUGUGUCUCGACUCUCUCGCAGAACCAUCAACUCUAACAUCAAACAGCAAGUCCUUGGUAUCUUGAACGCAGGCCCUUUUCAAAAGAAACGCCGCGACCUCGAGACUCGAGACUUCGGAUUCGAGCCUCUCGCCGAUCGCGACAUCUGCCUCGACCCUCGGAUUACUCACAACCACGACGGCCUGAAAGCUCGCUCCAGCUCCAGCUCCAGCUCCGGCAUUAUCCGCCGUCAAAACACUUCCCCCGUCCCCGGCUACACCACCACUGAUGACUUCGGCACCGACGGCGAUGACACCGUCCAUUCCAAGAUCCCGAACUACGCCCAGCCCAACGAUCUGCAAGCCAAUGGAUCAUUCCCGACCGACGGCUCCACACCUAAGACGGUAGAUCUAGUGUUCCUAGAUUUCAUUCAGAGCUACAUUCUCGCGGCGCUGAACAGCAUCGGGGGCAGUUAUGUAACCGGGGAUGUGAGCUACUAUUUACCUAAGACAUUCACGACAAAUAGCUAUUUGCCAGCGUAUGCGAAGGUGGCGUGGCAGGAGAAUGUUCCCAAUUGCCCCGUCGGUGCAGGUAUCGGGUUUGAUAAGAGGGGAAGAAGGCUGGAUUCGAUGGGUGUGAGGAUCUAG